AUGGCAGUCCUUGAACAACAAUACCAAGCUUUAGACAAUCUAAGACAAUCAUACUUUCAGAGGAUAGAAAAGUGUCAUACAAGACAAAAAGAUCUUUUCAAAAAGAUGGCAGCUAAUGCCCAGAGUGAACUGGACAAAGCUCGGGCGGUCAUUUCAAUUCUCUCUGAAGGGAUGAAGGCCUGUGAAGCGACUCUUUCUGUAUCAAAGGAGACAAUUAGUGAGAAAGAUCAAAAAAUUAAACAGCUUACAUCUCAGCUAAACAAAUAUGAAGAUCUUAUAAAAAACUUAACGGUUGAUAUGCGGAAUUAUCACAAGAGCCUGCAGAAAGCUGCAAACGAUGUUGACAAAAUGAGUGAAAGACUGGAGGUUUCUCUAGAAGUCAACUCUAAGUUGGUUGAGAAGAUCAGUUUCCUUCAGGAUGAGGACAAAAAGAUGCAGUUUGAUCUUCAAGAAAGAAGAAACAAGGAGAGGCUAAACGACAAAAUGGGUAUGAUGAACCAUUUAAAGGAAGAUCUGAAAACAAAACGUACUGAUGUGACAGUAGAAAUACUAGCCGGUGCCUACGACGACCUGCAACCUACAGAGCUCAAUGUGAAAAGCGGGCACUGUUUUCUCCCAGAACAGAAAAGUACUGUGCUUAUAAAAGAGACAGAAACGCCUAAAGGCGAUGAAGCAAAUGUAAAGAAGACAGUAAAAGACAAAGGUGGCCCCAUCAGGCACCAUCAAUCACCCCUCCCUCCCAUAUUUGCACGACUAUCUACAUCUGAAGUAGGCCGAGCUAAAAAGGAUGACGACUGGCUGGUUAGGAACCAAGGAAACUUUCUACCUUUCUCCCAAAAGGGUAAGUGA